UGGAGCGGCAACUGUGACAGACCAUAAGAAGAAACUUCACUCCUUUACCAGAACUCCAUACAACGAAGUGACUGGUGGUCUGUGUGUUAAAAUAAACGACUGGAUAUACUAUAAGUGAUCGACCGACAUCCAGAGAACUUUUUUUAUUUUUAAUUCAUUUUUAGAAAAAAGAAGUCUUAAUAAUAUGGGAGAAGAAAAUAUCAGAUUUUUGACUAUUUGGAUAAUUUUGGGAAACAUAUUUGGAACUUUUUCUUCUGUCCCUGAAGCCACCACCACCACUGUGUUUGUAAACACCACAGUCACCACUCCUCCCGUGCCAACCACAGCUGAAUGGAUCACAGACUUCAGUGACAUCGUGUCCAAGUUCUCCCUGCGCACGGCAGAGAUCCCUGAUGAUGACAUGUGCUAUAUCGUGGCUGGGAGGCCAGAAACCAUCAAAGAGUGUGAAUUCAAUGCAGAAACACAGAGCUUCAUUGUGAUACACGGCUGGACGGUGACAGGGAUGUUUGAGAGCUGGGUGCCCAAGCUGGUGUCUGCGCUGUACGAGCGCGAGCCCACUGCCAAUGUGAUCGUGGUGGACUGGCUGACCCGCGCCAACCAGCACUACCCGACCUCCGCUGCCUACACCAAACUAGUGGGCCGUGACGUCGCCAAGUUCGUCACCUGGUUACAAAAAGAGCUGCAGUUGCCCUGGGAGAGGAUUCAUCUGCUGGGUUACAGCCUGGGAGCACAUGUAGCUGGAAUCGCCGGAGACCUCACCGACCAUAAAAUCAGCAGGAUCACAGGUCUGGAUCCGGCUGGUCCCACCUUCGAGCAUGCAGAUGACCAGAGCACCCUGUCCCGAAAUGACGCCCAGUUCGUGGACGUCCUGCACACCAACACCAGGGGCUCCCCAGACCGCAGCAUCGGCAUCCAGAGGCCUGUGGGCCACAUCGACAUUUACCCCAAUGGAGGCACCUUCCAGCCGGGCUGCGACAUCCAGAAUACCUUGCUGGGGAUUGCAUUGGAAGGGAUCAAGGGCCUCCAAAACAUGGACCAGCUGGUGAAAUGCUCCCACGAGCGCUCCAUCCACCUGUUUAUCGACUCUCUGCUGAACACCCAGCAGCAGAGCAUGGCAUACCGCUGCGGCACCAAAGAGGCCUUCAACAAGGGACUGUGCCUCAACUGCAGGAAGAAUCGCUGCAACAAGCUUGGUUACAACAUCAACAAGGUCCGCACCACCCGCAGCACCAAGAUGUACCUCAAGACCCGUGAAAUGAUGCCAUUCAAAGUUUUCCAUUACCAAGUGAAGGUCCACAUCUUCAGUAAGGACAAGCUGAGCUUCACAGAGCAGCCGAUGAAGAUUUCUCUGUAUGGAACCCACGGAGAGAAAGAGGACAUUUCCUUUGUCCUGCCGGAGCUGAAAAGUAACACCACUCUGUCCUUCCUCAUCACCACCGACGUCGACAUCGGAGACCUGAUGAUCGUGAAGCUGCGCUGGGAGAAGGACACCAUCAUCAGCUGGUCCAGCUGGUGGGGCAGCAACAAGUUCCACAUCCGCAAACUGCGCGUCAAGUCCGGGGAGACCCAGUCCAAGGUGAUCUUCAGUGCGAAGGAAGGGGAGUUUUCCUACCUUGUCAGGGGCGGAGAGGAAGCAGUCUUUGUCAAGUCAAAGGAAGACAAUAUGAGCCGUAAAGAGAAAUUGAUGCACAAGCUGAAAAUGCAGGGCAGUCUUUUUGGGCAGAACGACGCUUGAAGUUGCACUUGGCCACACAGCCACAUCAUGCACAUCAUCCAUUUCUACAUACAUAACCAAAGAUUGACAGCACACUGCAACACUGGGAAAGCUAUUGCAAGUAACAGGACAUAUAUAGUGAACUGCUGCUUUUUUUUUUCUCUGAUUCUUCCUGUUUUUUCCUCAACUCCCAGUGCAACCAACACAACCUCAUCCAUGGUGCUGGAAAUCAGUCCACUCACAAGCUCUCCCUGUCUCUGAAAGCUCUCUCUCUGCUGCUGAAAAAUGUUACAGGUUUCUUUGUGAUGAUGUGCUCUAAGCAGCUUUUGCUUUGUAAUCAUUUGUUUAUGCUUUUGUAACCCAUAUGUACUGUUAUGUUAUACUGAUUUUAAUGUAAUUUGAAACCCAGAACUGGUGUGUUUUCUUUGCUUAUGUGAACUUGGAUUAUUGUUAAUGUAAAAAAAAAAAAAAAAAAAAAAAAAAAAAAAGAUUCAGAGUGACAGGCAUAAUGUAGGCACAUCUUUUUUUUUGAUGAUCACAUUGUCCCUCAUGUUUGUCUUUUCCUAACCACUAAUUGCCAACAAUCAACAGGGACCAAAGAAAUAUUUACUAUCUACUGAAUGGAGAAUCACAUUGGUCAUUGUACAUACCUGUUUUUAAUCAGUAUUAUAUAUAUAUUUUUUGAAUAUGAGUCGUGUGUUAAUAUCUGAUCUCUUGAAGCCUUGCUUGUUCUUUGAUUGCGUUUUGGUUAUUGUGUCACUGGUCACUUUAAAAGUCCCCUUCAGCCAUUUUAGAUUUUGAGGUCAAUGACAGCGCAGUUCAGCCUAAAAACGUUAUGAAUGGGUCAACAGUGUCUCACCUGAAACAGUUUACCUUGUCAGUCUACAACAUGCCCUUAUAUUGAAAGGUCAAGCGUUACAAAAUUGCUCAAAGAACUAAAAAUGCAAACCUUUGUAAUUUGUGAUGGACUGGCCUACGUGAUAGCCAUAAUACAUCUCAAGAAUAGUUCAUUUUGUAUUUAUUGAAUGUACAUUUAUAUAUUUGUAUAUUAAGCUGUAAUAUAUGUUGGCAGGCUUCCAUUGUCGUCUGUAUUUUUAUAAAUGAAGCGUUUUGUGAUUUUUAUGCAAAAGGCUUUGGAACGAUCGAUCAAAUCGGUCUCCAUGCCUGCUGUUGAGUGCAUUUACUUUUCUGAACUGAAAUGCAGUGCACUGUGUAAAGAAAGAGCACAGGAUGGAUUAAUAAAGAGAUAAACCACA